UCAAGUUAUCAUUAAGUGCUUCUGUUAGAAUGAGUUCGCAUCGUGUUGCCAGGAUAAUUUUCUGCCAGUUUCUGCUGCUGCUUGGCCAUCUCAAUCUAUCGAGCACUGUUGAGGCACGUUGGACUGUGCGUCCCAGGCAUCCCAACACGAUGAGGACAACAACAGCUCAGCCCGUGGAUCGCCAUCAACAUGUGCAUCAUUGGCCGCCUUUGGUGGCUCCCAAGUUGCCAGAGUCGCAGCCAGCUGAGGACGAAAGCAUUCGCGUGAUCGAUAACUUUGAUCACCGUUCUCCAGAUGGACAACAUGAGUACAGAUAUCAGCUAAGCAAUGGCGACACUCGCUAUGAGCGCACCUAUUGGCUGCCCGUGGGCAAGAAUUGGGUGCUCGCCCGUCGUGGUUAUUAUUCGGUACCAUUGCCCAAUGCGAAGUACUCGACGGUCUUCUACCGAGCGGAUCACCAUGGCUACCAUGUGGAUACACACACAUUAUCCGAGGAGCAACCGCUGUUGCCGCGCACUCUGGAGUUGCCCCAUGACCUGGCUGAAGCAGCAGCAGCUAAGCGAAAUUCAAUAAGCGUGCCAGAGCGUAACGAGACAGCGACAGCCAAAGUGAAAGAGAUGGCGAAAAUGGCGAUAGGAGAGGGCGAGGCAACCCGAAGCGAAAGCAGUGCCAAAGUUCAAGCUAAAGUCCAGGAGCAGCAGCGGAAUCAACUGAAACUGAAACAGAAAGAGAAACAGACAGAAACAGCGACAGCGACAGCGACAGAGACAGAGAUGGAGAACAAAACCAAGCCAUCAACUGUGGCCAAAGUCGACGACAUUUUGGCAACUGAAGUUGAACCAACUGCGGCGGAUGAUGAUGAUGAUGACGCUCUUGUUGUUCCUGACGAUGAUGAUGUGACGGAAAGCACCACAACAAGAAGAGGGAGGUGAAUGUGAGGCGCGGAUAAAGAUGUGAAUGACGCUGGGUAAAGUGACAUCAAAUAGCUGCACGUGUGACGUGGCAGCAGCUUCAACUCCAUCUCCAUCCCCAUCUUCAUCCCAUUCCAAUUCCUUUUCCUGCUUCUGCCAUGGCCACUGUCACAGUUAGUGGCUUUCCGCUUUUCGCUCUGCUCAACUGCCAGGCUUCAGUUGUUCCAAAUCAAAUUGAAACAAUUGCCGCAGUGCCACUUGCCAUUGAGCACUGAGCUGAGCUGUGUUAGAGGAGACGACGAGUCGAAAAGCAUUUGUCCUAACACAAUUUAUCCACGAAACCAACUGCCAAACUCUCUGGCAGAUCGAGCAAAACCAAGACGAAGCCGAAGACGAAGACGAAGACGAAGACCAACUCACUGAUACACAUCAUCAUCAACUGCUCACAUUACGCCCAGCAUCAUCACAUUGCCAUCACACUUCAAAUUCGAUUUGCCCACAGCAAUCAAAAUUAUAUAAAAUACAAAUAAAUAU